AUGGAGCUCCCGUCCUUUCAGUACCAGAGCUUGGCCGGGUCCAACCAGAUCCGUCUCAUCACGAUCCUGCCUCAAGAGCUAGAGUCGGCGAUGGAACUCAAACUCGAGCAUGUCGACAUGAACUCGCACCCCAAGUACGAGUGUUUAUCGUAUGCAUGGGGACAAGAUGAUCGUGACCAACUCAUCACGAUCAACGAUUCAUCAUUCCUAGUCAGCUCCACCCUGUAUGUUGCGCUCGAGCAUCUUCGUUACACGUCGCAAGAACGAAAGAUCUGGAUUGAUGCUAUCUGCAUCAAUCAGACAGAUAUUGCCGAGCGGAAUAGCCAAGUCGCUAUCAUGAGGAAGAUAUAUCGAAAUGCGACGCGCGUAGUGAUUUGGAUUGGGCCAGCAACGGAAUCGAGCGAGCAGGCCAUGGCAUUUUUGAAGAUGAUGGCUACUACUAAGAAGAAUGAUGACCGGGGUACCUGGAUAAACGGCUGCAGGGUAGCUAGUGACACGAGCUCAGAACUAGGUCAUGGAGAAAGUUCGUCAUCCUGGGAACCUCCUCCCGCUCUACAUGAUAGUGAUGAGCGAAGGGAUGUACAAGAAGGAUGCGAGAGUAUCGAACCACAUAGUCCAGCGAUUUCCACGCGCGAAAAUUCGAUCUCUUCCCAUGUAGCAUCGUUGAACCGCGAGACUGAAGAGAGGCCGCUGUCUUCGCGUUCUACCGGAGCCUUGUGUGAUGGUGCAAACGAGGUCAACGACGGGCCAACCUGUUGGGAAAAGCUUAAGAUUUUCCUGGUGGAUAUCUACACGUUACUGAAGAGGCGAUGUAACCAACGAAAGAGGUUACGAACACAGGAGGAAGCGUUGCGUGAGUAUCUAGAAGCACACGCUACCAUGGAAGCCACGAAGAACAAUUUUGCGAUCACAGGUUAUCCCAUUCUGUAUAAUAUGUUCGGGAGUCCUUACGAAGAUUACUUCACAGAUGACUGGAAUUCUCACUGGCAAGCCCUGGAUGCGCUACUUGCACGCCCUUGGUGGGGACGUACCUGGAUCGUACAGGAAGUAUGGAGUGCUUCGGACGCAGUGCUUCAGUGCGGUACUACGACGCUUAAGUGGAAGAAUUUCCAGAAGGCCAUGGAUUACUCUGAGGGGUGGGAUGAUAUGGGGGAGCAUGUGAGAGGGAUGGAAAGACAGUCGCAAUGGGAGACGUUGCGGCGACGGUAUACAUUGGCGAUACAUCUUACCAAGGCCAGAGUCAAUGGCAGCACACUAUCGUCACUAAUUUGGAACACCUGGGAUCGUGCAUCCACGGAUCCAAGGGAUAAGGUAUUUGUUGUGCUGGGUCUGACAGGUCAAGCUAUAGAUGGAGGUACCUCGAUGGCACCUGAUUAUGGCAAAUCAGUGGAGCAGGUGUAUCGAGAGACUGCACGCGACAUCAUAACCAAAGAAGGUCGAAUAGACAUUCUACUUGCGGCAAGCGGUGUCGACGGCAAGGACAACUUACCGUCGUGGGUGCCAGAUUGGCGGAGCGAGGCUACUGCGAAAAGGCCGACUUUGCUUGUUAAUCGUCACCUGUUGAUGAAACUGGCCUACUCCGGAUCAAUGGAUAUGGCCGUACUAGAGGGGCAUGGGUAUCGUGCCGCUGGCAAUUCAGAGGCGUUUGCUUUGUUCAGCGACGAUCUGAGGGUACUUACGGUGUUGAGUAGCAAGUUGGAUAGUAUUGCGGAAGUUUGCGAUAUAGACAUUGUUACAAUGCGGAACGAGGAGUUUGUAGAUCAGGCUUUUGACUUCAUCCUUCGAUCCAAGUUUAUAUCCAGCAAGACACGACGGAAGGAAUUGGCACACAGAGAAUGUACCACCAAUUCUCAGGAAGCUUCAAUCCUCUUGACCACCCUCACUGGAGGUAAAGCACGAUACGAUGAGCGGGCACCGACCAUGAGAAAUAUCAUGCGGCAACGUCGGCUUUUCGUAACAAAGAAUGGGCAUGUUGGGAUUGGUCCAGUAAAUGCUCAGCCCCACGACAUAGUCUUUAUCAUCUCUGGCUGCAAUUUUCCAAUCACGCUUCGGCCUAGAGACGACAAGUUCGCUGUGGUUGGCGAAGCCUAUAUCCACGGAUAUAUGAAUGGUGAAGCCGUUGCUCGUCCGUGGUACAAACGAUGGAUGAGGGUUUGGAAUAAGAUAUCGUUAGUCUAA